AUGGAUUUGCUGUUCAAUGGAUUUUCACGACCCCUUGGCAGAUGUUGUGAACUGGAUCGGUCGUGCAGUGAUGAAAAAUCGCCGCCAGUCUGCGGUACCGAUGGUCGCACUUAUGCCAACAAAUGCGCACUGAGUAUGGAAGACUGCCGAAACUCGAAACUACAACUGCCUGCGAUAAGAGUUGCUCAUAUAGGGAACAUGCGAAGAGGCGGAAACUUGUGUCUCUUUGGCAAGGAACGCUGUAUUGUCGAAAGAACUACUGGAAAAAAUAUUACCAUCCAAAAGUUCGACGUUUGUGACGAAAAUUCAUGUGACAAAGAGUGUCCAAUGACGUAUAAGCCUGUAUGCGCUUCCAAUGUUUGUGAUUCUCAAGGUGAUACUCAUGCAAAUCCCUGUAUUUUCCGACGGGCAGCAUGUUUACAGCUCAGAAAGAACAAUGUCACAAUAACUGUCGAGUACGAUUUGGCUUGGGAAUUCCUUAAUAUUUGCACUCUGAAAAAUCGACUCUCACUCAGGUCGAUCACACUAGACGACAUCGAGACUGCAUCGAAGGAGUUGACGGCUUCGGUAAAGCGGCUGAAGCAACAGCUGAAUACAAGAGGAGGAGGCGAUGCUUCGCUGUUGGAAGCAUACCAACCCUUCCUAGAGGUAUCCGAGUCGAGCUGCUCAAGCCUAGCGUCUGAACUGCAAGAACUUCGCAGAGAGGAGACCUCAUUGCAGUCAUUCUUGUGCGCAAAUAGCAUGAAACUGGAGGAGAUCGCGUCGAUUACCUCUGAAGCAUUAGCUAUGUUACUGGAUUCAAUUAAGAAACGUGCCAUGGUGAAGAUGCGGUCGUUGUCGAUCACGCCAGACAGACAACAGGCAGGACGUGAGCGCUUCUCAAUUCAGCGUCGAAGUCUUCAACCGAAUCGUAUGAGUGUUGAAGCGAUGCGUGAUAUUUUUCUCGAAGUAGCGAAUCAAUGA